AUGUCUGGUUUAGAUGUCACUAUUAUUCUCGAAUUUGAGAAACUCUUUGAUAUCGAAAGAUCAUAUGACAACUUUUCAAUCGUGAGACAGAAAGAAAAUUUUGUCCAAUGGGCUGUACGGGUUAGAGCCAAUAUUCAAGAUUUAUUAAUUGAGAAAAAAUUUAGUACAUAUCAUAGAUAUUGCAUAUUUGCUUCAUAUCCUGGAGGCAGGCUUGUAGAUUAUAAUGAUUUCCGAAAUUAUUACAGACCAAAACCACUUAAGAAUGGGACUCUAUCUGUUUUAGGUGUUGGAAGGUAG